AUGGCCCAUACACGACCCGCCAUCCUGUCGUCGGUCAACAUUACAUCAGAGUUCAAUGACCUCUUGAGCAAACACGGUGCGCCCACUACCCGGGGGAGGGUUGUCCUCGACGUCGACGCCCUCGAUGGUUUCCUCAAGGAAGCAUACCGCAUCAAUUCCCACAUCGCGAGCCUGCACGAGGAGCUCAGAGAUGUGCGGCAAGCGUACCUGUCCACGGCGCAACCCCGAAAGGUUCACGCUGGACAUGCAGCCGGCCAACCGCGAGUUCUGACGGACCGCGAACGCGAAGAUGUCGACGCCAACGCGAAGCAGAUGCUUCGCGAGCUCAACGCGAGCAUACGAGCUCUCGACGACGCCGAGCAGCUGCGACGGGAGACGGAAUCGGCCAUCAUCCGGAAAAAAUACGCGAGCGGCUUGAGCGCCCUCAGCUCGUGGGCUUCCGGCAGCGACGCGAUGAACAAGACGGCGGAUCAUGCGGCAGCCGAGUCGGGGGCCCAGCAAACUGAGAUCCACCGAGACGGCUUGCUCUGGUUCUUGCGGAAGCGGCUGGAGCUCUGCUGUCGAACGCAGCAAGACAUGAUGGAAGCCAGGCUGUCGCGUGAACUGGAAAGGUCCCGCUCGUUUCGACCCCCGCCGUCGGCAGACUUUGCCGAAUUUGUCCCCAUGUCAAGCAAGGCACAGCCGGCGGCAAGGUCGUCGGGCGCCGGCGGGUUCAACGAGGCGGCAUCCGCGUACCAGGACCUGACCGAGGAGCAGGUCCAGAUGUUCGAGGAGGGAAACCAAGAUAUGAUGAAGCACUACGAAAGCACGCUGGACAAAGUCAGGACGGCGGAAAAGUCCCUCGUCGAGAUAUCCGAGCUGCAAUCACUUCUCGUCAACAACCUUGCCACGCAGGCGGCACACAUCGAGCAGCUGGUCACGGAUUCGAUGUCGACGACGGAAAAUGUCGGAGGCGGCAACAAGGAGCUGAAGAAGGCGGCGAAACGGCCGAGCGCGGCGAGGUACACUUUCUUCGCCGCCAGCGGGCUGUGCGCCUUUCUGGUGAUUUGGGACUUGAUUAUCUGA